AUGGAAGAAGAGCUUGAUUAUUUAUUAACAGAUCAUCUUAAUAAUAAAUAUUGUGAGUGUAAAUGCUUAUGUUACGAUAAAACAUCUGAUUCAAUAAGUAACCAUGCAACUAUAUCGGAACGUAAAGAAUUUAUUUUAUCAAUUGUUACAAGAACGGAAAGUUAUUUACGAGAACGUCGUAUUCCUGAAUUAAUAAGAUUCUUAUUCACGAAGAUUAUUGCUCAUACACCUGAUAAACCUGUUGCAUUUCUUGAAAAGUUGUUGGAUGACUGUAUGCUGUUUCGUGCGGGAUAUGGUUCACCACCGGUUGUUUAUGAAAACAGACAUUUGGAAGCUGUAAUUAAAAGUUUUGAUCCUGGUCAACGCGGUUGGCUGAGUACUGGCCAAGUCCGACGUCUAUAUGCAACAUUGGGGUUUAGUUACACAGAAAUUAUAGAUGAAAGGAUUCCUUGUGAAGUAAUUUUGAAGAAAUUACAAAAUACUCAAGAAAUGUAUUUAGGACAAUUAUUAGCAGCUGGUGCAGAAGUGGACGAUAAAAGUGUUGAAGAAAAUAUGCCUGAGUAG